UGGUUCUCUUCAGUGGAAGCUCAGCGGAUGAAUCAGGAGACAUAAAACCACAAACAGGAGACGCUGAUGAAAACCAACGACACAAGUUGUUGAGGCUGACAUCAUGGAUGAAUCUGCACGCUGUUUUUUUCAGUCUUCUUAUGGAGAUUUGCAGUAAGAUGCGAGUCUGUACCUCCGUUUGUUUGCUCCCACAGAUGACUUACCUCCUCUGCUCGCUCAUUCUGCUCAGCUCAACGGUCGCAUCUGCUCCAGGAUUGGAAAAUGUUUUCUUCAGUCCUCAGGACCAAACAAUCAAAGAAGGAGAAGCAGCUUUUCUCCAGUGCGUGUCAGGGGAAAGUUCGCCUCCUGCUAACAUUGCAUGGCUCAAAGAUGGAAAGAUGGUCACGAGAGGCAGACAGUUCCAGGGGGAGUAUGGAGGGGGUCAGCAAAAGAAAACUUCCAGCACGCUCCACCUUAUCAAUGUGACUUUAGAGGAUGAUGGAAUAUACAUUUGUGUCACACACAACCCCUCACUGAACAUCAGUAAAGAAAGCAAACCAGCUAAGCUAACCGUGGAAGGGAGUCUGCGGAUCAUCCAGAGCCCUGACAACAUCACUGUUGCCAUGGGUGCCGAGGUCUCCAUGCGGUGCACUGUCCGUGGCUUCCCUGUUCCCAUGGUGCACUGGUUCAAAGACGGCUGCCUCCUGUCCAACUGCUCGGCCUCAUUCAGCCUCCAGAACAAUGGGCAGCUGCUCACAUUCAGAAAUGUGACAAAAGAGGAUGAGGGCUCAUAUCACUGUGAAGCAUCAAACCAGAAGGAGACGAUCAGAUCGCAGCCAGCUUUCCUGCUUCCAGCUGAGAUACACUGGAGUUUUGCGCAGCAGCCCACAAACACGACGGUGAGGAGAGGGGAAACGGCGGCGCUCACCUGCAGGCCUCCACACAGCACAGGAGCUCAGGUGUCCUGGUUCAAGAACAACCAGCUUCUUUUUCCCACAGAGAACAGAACCGUGCUGCCCAGUGGAGACCUCUUCUUCCACAGCAUCCAGGAGUCUGACAGCGGCAGCUACUUCUGCAGGMCUUCAAACGUCCACCUUCAAAGACCCCUCACCUCCAGACGAGCCACUCUAACCGUGUUGGUCCAUCCAUCAGUGAAACUUUGGCCCACGGUGUUGACAGUCCCCGUGGGUGCUCAGGCUGUGCUGGAGUGCCAGGUGUCGGGCCACCCUCUGCCCUCCAUCAGCUGGCUGAAGAGGGGCCAGUCGAAGCAGACCGGAGGCAGAGUUUCGCUGGGACAGAAAAAUGCCACUCUCUACAUCCAGUCUGCCCGGAGCUACGAUGAGGCGGUUUAUGUGUGCGAGGCGUCCAACGUGCUGGGAAAGAGCCAGAGUUCAGCUCUGCUGAGAGUUGCUGUYAGCCCCAUCAUACUGACCUCCGUGACUCACAUGAGCUGUAAGCUGGGAGCUUCUGUGACCCUGCCCUGCAGAGCUGUGGGGGUUCAUCCCAUCACCUACAGCUGGACCAGAGGCAGAGCAGAGACUCAGCCCUCCAUCGGCCCUUCUGAAGARAAACACGUCGAUGAUGGAUCCCUUCAUAUUUCCAGCGUGCAGACCUCUGACGCUGGGGAGUAUUUCUGCACGGCUCAGAACAGAGCUGGACAACACCAGAGGCGCACCGUCCUCACUGUGACAGCUGCAGAUCAUUCAGAUGAUGCAGAGAUGCAGACAAGGAUGAUUUUGUCUGAUAACACUGAUACAAAUGAAGAACAUGCAGCCAAGCAGAACCUUCAAAAAGCUCCUCAUCCACUCCUGUUAGCACAGCAGAGGAAGACAACAUGUUUCAGCUGCAACGGCACAACUAUAUCUCCAAAGGAAGUUGUCGCAGGUCUAAAAAUGCCAACAAGUCCUCUUGAUGUUUUUCAUCCAACCAUCAGUCCGACUCAGACGUUUGUCACACAGAUGCAGCCUCCCAUGCUUCCACCUCCUCCCCAUCCAAAGUUCCACUCAGUAGAUCUCCACCAGCUGCCACUGACAAGAAAUCAACUCUUUACUUCAAACAGUCAACCAUCUCCUUUCACGCUGAGUUUUUCCCCGAAGUUUCAUCUGGAGCUUUCAACACUUCCUCCUCCAACACAACCUCCACCUCCUUCAGUCAGCGAGKCUCCGACGCUCCAACCUUCUACAGCUGCUUUGUUCUCAACCACCAGUCCUCACAAUCACGACUCAUCAGUUCUGGGCCCUGAGGUCAGCUGGUCCAAUCAGCAAAACACGACCCAACUGCACAACAACAGAGACAAGCAGAGGAAGAAUACCUCUCAGUCCCCCAUGACCAGCGAUGAUCCCAAAGCGACUCAGCAGUCUCCAUCGUGGCUGCCAGUGCUGGAGAAACACGACGUCCCCAURGUGGUGGGGGUGGGGGUCUCGUUAGCCUUCAUCUUCAUCACUGUGACCUUCUACUCGGUGGUGCAGAAGAAUGAACCUGCGCCCUCGGGUCGAGCAGCUCAGAGAAACUUUGGUCUCCCAGUGAGACCUGCUGAUCGUCGAGCUGCAGGACGAACCUACGACAACAGAGCUUUUGAGGAUGACGACUGCGUCGCAGUGGUUGAGCAGAGCCCCAACACAUCAGACACCCGGGCCCGACCACCAGGACCGAGCCUGGUCACGGUGCAGAUGGAGCCCACUGUCAUMGAGGAUCAAGAAGUCCCACAACCGGCCACGAAGCACCAUUCAAUCACCGUGGAGACGUACCCCGAGCCCAUCAUUGACACGGAGAUCGAUCCAUCCCUGGAAGACGAUAAGACGUGCAGCUUGUCUCAGCCCAGCGUCCAGCUGCAGUGUGCRGAGGACUGGACCAGCAGCCCAGGAGAAAACCACAGCCAGGAUGCCCUGCCGCCUCCGUCACCUUUACCCUCGCCUUCCKUGUCCCCACCGCCCAGGCGUGACGACACGCUUCACUCCUCUCUGACCUUCCAGAGCGCCGAGUCACCCGCCGCCGCCCCCGUCCACCACAGCCUCAGCAUCUCGCACGGUAACCCCCCACUGCAGCUCUCCCACCACCUCUCUCUGGGCCCCACCACGGUCGCCAUUGACGUCCAGUUCUACCCGUCGGCCGCCUCUUCCACGGCGGUGAACACCAGCACCCACAUCAGCUCGGCUUCAAACUCCACCCCGGUGACCGCCCCUCUGUUCACCCCACCGUUAUUCAACAGCAAGGAGAGUGACGACCAAUCAGCAGCGAGGUUUCAUCAGAGUAAGUAGCUGCAGACGAACAAAACCAGCUGUGGAACACCAUCAGUUUGAAGAAAUUUAUUUAUUUAAUUCUUAUUUAUUUAUUUCUUCUUGAUGGACAUGUAAAAUAUAUUAAAAGCCAGAAAGUUUAAAUAUAUAUACAAGACUGUGCAAAAGUCUUGGGUCAAAUUCUUAAAGAGUUAAAUGUGUUUCAGAUAAAGCUUGUUUAGGUAAAACAUGAAAAAUACAAACUUUUUAUAUUUUAUAGCUUGUAGCACCUUCUGUUUU